AUGAAGCCCUUUGUGUUGCAGUUUCUGAAGCCAUUACUGAGUCUGAGUGUAUCUCCACCCUCCUCUACAGGACCGUACAACUUGAAGGUGGACCGCCUGAAUCCGGCUGAGAGGCUCUACAACGCCUACAGGUUUAGUGACUACGGCUGGCCAGAGCUAGAUCGCAUUAUAAAAACGCUUUUCGAUCACAAAUCAGAUGGUUUUUUCGUAGAAGCUGGAGCUCUAGACGGCGAAUAUCUUUCCAAUACUUUGUACUUAGAGAGGGAAAAAAGGAUGGAAAGGAUUACUGACAACCUUAGUAAAACUAUCAAAAAAGGUCAACCUGUUCGACGACAUGACCAUCACUGGCUCCCGUGCCCACAACUUCCUGCGGGCGCGCCCUACGGCUCCGUCGGCGCCAGCGAAAUUGGCUAUCAGACAUUCGAGCGAGUGCAGUGCUUCCCCCUUCAGACGAUCCUGCUUGCCCUUGGGGUCAGGCACGUUGACCUCGUGUCGCUGGACAUCGAAGGCGUGGAACGCGACGUGCUCCGGUCGUUCUGGUCGUCGGGGUGCGACGUGGUCGGAGCUCCCACGUGCGUCGAGGUCGAUGUGUGGAUCGUGGAGAGCGUGGACGAUAAAAUCUAG